AUUUUUAAUUUAAUAAAGUUUUUAAUUUUUAGAACGCAAUUCUCUCUUUGUUUCGGAUUAGUUUUGCUACCACUUGAUUACUGUUUGUUAGUUGUAGUUAAAAGUAGUUAUGUACGGUGAACUUAGAAAAGGAUAUGAAAAAUGAAUAAUUCCUCCGAUUACUCCACGAUCGUCUGGUCUGAGCCUCAUUGCUCUAAAGAUGCACUUACGGACACUUACGGCUGGUUUAUGCAGUUCCUAUUGGCAGUCUUGGCAUUUACUUGUUUAAUUGGUAAAAGGUUUUGUGAACCUCGCUAUGCAAGAAGACCAUGGCUGAUCUGGUUCUAUGACACUUCAAAACAAGGUCUUGGAGCCUUUAUUAUUCAUGCAGCAAAUGUCUGGCUUUCACCCUAUCUCACUGGAAACCCUUGUACAUGGUACAUAGUUAAUUUUAUGUUGGAUUCGACACUCGGUCUUCUAAUUAUCUGGGCAGGCAUCCGAAUGGCACAGUAUUGUGCUAGAGUUUAUGACAUACCAUUAAUCAACUUUGGUGAAUAUGGCAAACCACCAAUGUGUUCAGCGUGGAUAUGCCAGUGCGUUUUAUACGCAGCAUUAGCAACGUUCGCCAAGUCGAUACUGGCGUUAGUUCUACGCCUGCCGCCAGUGGUCGCUGUUUUAUCGACGCUUCGACUCUCGCCUGUGUCCGACCCGCGCCUUGAACUAGCCGUAGUCAUGCUCAUCAUACCCUUCUUUAUUAACAUUUUGAUAUUUUGGGUGACUGAUAACUUCCUUAUGUAUCGACCUCGGGGCGUAAGCAGCAAACUCAAAACGAAGGUACGGUACCAGUCUAUAAAGAAAGAGAAGUCAGGCUCCGAAGAUGAAGAGCAUUCCGCCGAUGAGAGAUUACUCGGCGCCAGUGUAUGACACACCCAGCCCGCAAGAAGGGCAUAGAAUUGGCUUUGUAUACAGUGUAUAAGACUUCGACAAGAACAUAUCAAGAGAGAACCCAAAAAACUAGGUAAGCUUAGAUCGCAAAAUAUGUCCUCAAUAGAUUUGAUCGCGUUUAUAUAUAUAAAAAAUCAUAAUUAAAAUCGCGUAUAUAAGAAGCUGUGAUAG